CAGAACACAGCUGCUGCAGCUGGUAAUAAUUAAUAUAUUCUAAAACCCUUCCAUAUAUAUGAAAAACGUUAAAAUCAUAUAUAAAUUCAUCAACGAUCCCUUCUGCCAUAUAGUUAUCAGAUUCUCCACAAAAAAUAUAUCGUACAAGUAGUGUUUCAUCUGCUGAGACUAAAAAAGAAGUUAGCAAUGUCAAAGCUAACUCUGGACGGCUUUUUUUCGUACUGCAAACAAAUAGCAGACCACAUCCAGUUGGGCGAAAGAAUGGCGUCUCUAUCCGGUAUGGGCACACCCAAACUGACAUCGGGGGUUGGCAACCUCUACUAUGAUUCAAUUCUGCCAUACCGCGAGGACGCUAGUCCACAGACGCGCGAGUUCCUGGCGCGAGUUGUUGACGUGUUGCUGGACUUUAUCCAGCAAGUCAAUGAUAGGAAUGAAAAGAUCUUGGAGUUCAGAAUGCCGGAGGAAAUGCAGAAGAUGCUGGACCUGCAGCUGCCCGACGAGCCGCUGCCCUUGAAGCAACUGCUGGAAGACUGCAAGAUCACGCUCAAACACCAGGUGAAGACGGGGCACCCCCACUUCUUCAACCAGCUGUCCUGCGGGCUGGACAUCAUCUCGCUCGCGGGCGAGUGGCUCACAGCGGCCGCCAACACCAACAUGUUCACCUAUGAGAUAGCUCCUGUGUUCAUCUUGAUGGAAAACGUUGUGCUGCAGAAGAUGAGGAACAUGAUUGGAUGGAAGAGUGGGGACUCUAUUUUGGCGCCUGGUGGUUCGGUCUCCAAUCUGUACGCGUUCCUGGCGGCACGCCACCACAAGUUCCCUCAGUAUAAGGAGAAGGGGCUCACCAGUAUACCUGGCCAGCUUGUGAUGUUCACCUCCGAUCAGUGCCACUAUUCAGUAAAGUCCUGCGCGUCUGUGGGCGGACUUGGCACGGACUACUGCGUGUGCGUGCCAUCCGACGAGCGCGGGCGCAUGAUCCCCGCCGAGUUGGAGCGACUCGUGCGCUCCCACCGCGACCGCGGACAUGUGCCUUUCUUCGUGAACGCCACUUCAGGCACGACGGUGCUGGGUGCGUUCGACCCGCUCACUGAGAUCGCGGACAUCUGCCAGAAAUACGACAUGUGGAUGCAUGUUGAUGCGGCUUGGGGCGGCGGUUUGUUGUUCUCCAAGAAAUACCGUCAUCCACGACUAACUGGUAUUGAAAGGGCUGACUCCGUGACCUGGAAUCCCCACAAGCUGAUGGGCACCCUGCUGCAGUGCUCUACCGUGCACUUCAAAUAUGAGGGCAUCCUGCUAAGCUGCAACGCGAUGUCUGCGGAGUAUCUGUUCAUGACGGACAAGAUCUACGACCCGCGCUACGACACCGGGGACAAGGUCAUCCAGUGCGGCCGCCACAAUGACAUCUUCAAGCUGUGGCUGCAAUGGCGCGGGAAGGGCACUUCCGGCUUCGAGCGUCUCAUGGACCGCUUGAUGGAGCUCUCCGAGUACAUGGUGCGUCGCAUCCGUGAACAGAGCGACCGGUUCCACCUCAUCCUGGAGCCAGAGAUGGUCAACGUUAGCUUCUGGUACCUGCCCAAGCAGCUGAGGGGAGUGCCACAUGAUAAGAACAAGGAGAUGAAGCUUGGAAAGGUAUGCGCCAAGCUAAAGGGGCGCAUGAUGCAAGCAGGUACGAUCAUGGUGGGCUACCAGCCCGACGACCGCCGUCCCAACUUCUUCAGGAACAUCAUCUCCUCCGCCGCUGUCACUGAGAAGGACGUGGACUUCCUUCUGGCGGAGAUGGACCGCCUCGGCCAUGAUAUUAUUGUAGACUAAACUUAUUGUCUAUGAUGCGUUCUUUGUCUGUUGUCUUCUGAAGUAUGUUUUUAAUCUGUAUUUGGCGGGCUGCCAUAGUCAAAACUUGUAAAUAUUUUUUUUUAUUGUUCUUUCGUUCGUAUUUUUGUUUCAAGGGAUUUUUGAUAUUUUUUGGGCUUAUAUGAUAUUGAUGAUUAAUGAGUCUGUGCCAAUGAAUGUGUGUGUGUAAAUGUUAAAUAUAUUACAGUAGAAGUAGAUUUCUCAAUGCAACGACAUUGCUUUUAUUCCAAUAUAAUAUGAAUUUAAAAUUAUAUGAAAUGUACCGUCUAUUAAAUAUUUACCUUGUUGUUCACUUGUUGUAUUGGCAAUGAAAAUAUAUCUUAGAACUUCUUCUCGAUAUUUUCUGAAAGCGAUUGAGAUAUGAAUCUAUGUAUGUGUGUGUGCAUGUGUGCGUGUUGAGUUAAGAAUAUAAUGACAUUAACAAAUAGAUCCCAAGUCAAUGUUUCCUGUUUUAAAAAUAGCUCAGUUAGGAAAAUUUUGGACUUAAAACUGGCACUUAAUACAGACACUAAAUAUACAAAAUUGCACAAAAACGGAAGCAUCUUAUUUACUUUAAAAAUAGCAAUGGGAAAUAACUAGAUUUUAAAUAUAAGUUUCUUAACAAUGUGUAACCUCUAGUUAUACCUAAAGUUCGGUUUAGAAAUGGUAAAUCGACUAUUAUAAUAUAGUAUGACCUAUUUUAGAUAACUAUAUUCUCUUAAGAUGUAUUAGAAAAUUAUAUAGUUAUUUAAUAUCUAUUUAAAUAUUAUUUCCCAUUAUUGAAAUAUGUUACCUAUUAUUAUAAAUAUGUAUAUGUUUAUA